CUCAUCCCCACCAAUAUCAUGACCUCACUCCGCAUCCCUGUCCCCUCCGCCUCCCUCCCCUCUCCCCCGCCUCCGCCCUCCCACCACCGCCUCCGCCUCCGCCUCUUCUCCUCCUGCCCCCGCUCCCGCACUCCCCUACUGCUGGCGAUGGCAUCCUCUUCUCCCCCACAACUACCGGAGCUCAGGCAGGGGAUUGCUGACUUCUACGACCAGUCCUCCGGCUCGUGGGAGCAGAUGUGGGGCGACCACAUGCACCACGGCUUCUACGACUCCGACGCCGACGACGUCUCCCUCUCCCUAUCCAACCACCGUUCCGCCCAGACCCGCAUGAUUGAAGAGUCCCUCCGCUUCGCCUCCCUUCUCGAUCCUGAAUCCAAGAGACCGAAGCGAAUCGUGGAUGUGGGAUGUGGAAUAGGAGGGAGCUCCAGAUACCUGGCCCGGAAAUUCGGAGCCCAAUGCCGCGGCAUCACCUUGAGUCCUGUCCAAGCCCAAAGGGCCAACGCUCUCGCCACCUCCCAGGGCCUCUCCAACCAGGUUUCUUUCCAAGUUGCAGAUGCUUUGCAGCAGCCCUUUCCUGAUGCUGAGUUCGACCUCGUUUGGUCCAUGGAGAGCGGUGAACACAUGCCUGACAAGCCUAAGUUUGUGAAAGAGCUGGCUCGAGUUGCGGCCCCAGGAGCCACGAUCAUCAUCGUCACCUGGUGUCACAGGGAUCUCUCAGCCUCUGAAGACUCGCUGAACCCCUGGGAGAAUGAGCUCCUCCAAAAGAUCUGUGAUGCUUAUUUCCUUCCCUCUUGGUGUUCGGCUGGUGACUAUGUCCACCUAUUGCGCUCCCUUUCCCUCCAGGACAUUAAGGUAGCGGACUGGUCCCCAAAUGUUGCGCCUUUCUGGCCAGCAGUGCUGCGCUCGGCAUUGACGUGGAAAGGCCUCACAUCGCUGCUCUUCAGUGGAUUCAAGACCAUCAAGGGAGCACUGGCAGUGCCACUGAUGAUUGAGGGAUACAAGAAGGGACUCAUCAAGUUCACCAUCAUUACAUGUCGAAAGCCCGAACAAGCUCCAGACGUGUAGACGAAAUAAAUGUCUAGAGUUAGUCUUCUGAACCUCGCAUCAUGAUCAUCGCGCCACUGUUGGCUUACUGAAACUCUGUCGUUGUAGCUACCUUGUGCUGAAUAAAGAUCAGGUGCCGCCUC